AUGUUAAGUAUUUGCUUAAGACUACGAUUAUUAAAAGAUAGACGAAUUCAAUUUGUAUCUCAAACAUUGUUGGCAACAUUGGAUGAUAAAAAUAUUGAUGAGGUCAGUGAACCUGAUAAAUUAUUACAAACCUAUAUUUAUUAUAUCAAAAGUAUUAUUGAUGAAUUCAAACAGUCGUAUGAUGGACUUAGAUUAGAUGGUUUAUUGGAAAACUUUAAAAGCAAAGUCUAUCGUGGUAUGAUUAUAACUAGUGAUGAUUUAAAGCCGUAUGGUAAAGGAAUUAAAUUACUGAAUAAAGCAUUCAUGUUAACAACAAAAGAUCGUAGUGUAGCGGAAGACUUUGCUGAAAGAGAUGUAAUUCAUCGAAAAAGUGUCAAAGAUGAACAUAUUAAAUUGCAAGCUAUAUGUACAUAUGAAAUUGUCAACGAUCGUACAGCUCUGGAUAUCGGAAAAAUCUCUGAAUACUCAAAUGAACAAGAAGUGUUAAUUGGACCAUAUUCAGCAUUUAUUGUACCAGAAGUCUAA